AUGCCCGAGCAUGAUGGUCUUAUGAGGAUAUUCUGGCCACUGGACAUAUCGAGAACUAAUUCGCCUGGGGUCAUAAUUGGAUGGAGGAAUUCAGGGCUCGAUGUCUUUGUAGUAGCAAUCUUGGAGGAUAUAGAUGCACGGAAUGUCGAGGACGCUUUAAAGGCUGGAACUUUAUUUCGAAGCACAAGUUAUCCCAUUGAAAGGAUAUAUGACCUAUGUGGGCAAUCUUCUUUGCAUAUUCUGGGAUUGGCAAACUCCCCUUCGUUGGAAAUUGAUCACCUGCAAAUUCAUGCGACUACAAAGCUUGGAUUGAAGGUUCCACAAAUAUCUUGCCCACAAGCUUCCACAAUACAGAUCAUUAUGUUCAAGCGACCUCUACCGAGUAGGAUGCAAUAUAUUUCCCUUGGCCUAAUAUCAUUGGCUUUGGGAGAUAAGAUUGAGAAGACAAUCCAUGCGCCAGGCAGCGUCGACGAAGAGGAAGAGAUAGAGGAGAUGAAGAACCGGAAAACAACGAAAGAUCUUAUCGAGAAGUUAAAGUUUCAUAUAAUCAUCAAGCAUCCACCCUCGCAAAAGGAAAAGGAAAAGGCGCUGCCAUGGAUUGUGAACCAGAUUAACUGCGCAUUCGAGGUACAUGAACUCCUGCAGAAGAACAUAUCUUUUGUUAGAACACGGUCACGGCGGACUUUGAGUGUAUCAGAAAGAGUUGUCGAGUCUGCUACGAGCAUGCUUCGGAGGACUUUCAUCAUCGGCCUUGUCUGCCACAGGGUAGUCGCUGAGGUUUUACUGCUAAUGCUAGAAUGGAGAGCCAAGCCAGACUACGCUGCUCUGAAAGACGUAUCAGCCACAGCUCAACAAGUGGAAAUCCGUUUACAGCAGUUCUGCUACAUCCCCGUGCAACCCAUCGAUACUUUGCCGAUAAUAGCCCUUCGAUCCCACUGCUUUUUAUCCGAAGUCGUCUCUGGAGACUCUAAUUUUACUCUGGAAAAACUCGUUGCUGAAGCUACCGAUAUCAUGCAAAGACACGUCAAAAUUUCAGCCGUUAGGGCAAGUACUUGGUGCCAAAACCGGCUUGCUUCAAAUGCUGAUGCUUACCGCACUGGAAAAGCCGUAGUAAUGGUAUCACUCCGCAGCGAGGGCCGAGGGAAUGCUAUAACAAUGACUGUGAAGACCUGGGCUACGGCUUGGGCUAAUAAAAAGUACUUUUGCAAGACUUAUGAUCUUGCCUGCAGAACGGAUCACAACUUCAAAGUUCACAGGAAGGGAAGACUGGGGAGUAUCGAUCACACGGUCAACAUUAAACCUGCUCACACCAGAGCUUUGAAGACUAAGAAUCACUAUUACAAGCUCUGUGAUCUUGCCUGCAGGACGAUAUACAGAUUGGGAAACCACAACAAGAAAAUGAGCUACUUUCGCAAAAUGACUGGAACCGAAUAUGUCACGUUGCGGAAAAAGAAAUGUGAUUGGCAGAGUGUUACAGAUAGUCAUCUUGACUAUAUCAGAUUCUACAACAGUCUCUGGCUUGUUUUGAACGAUGUUAUUAUCGGCUUCGCCCUUGGGUCGUACAUCAUCGACAAUUCCGCAUGGGUAGCUGAAUGCAUCAACCAAACUCUAGACUUAUAUACAAUUACCGCACUAAGUAACAUAAUUGUGUGGCUCAAAGAUUGGCUUGCCGGGUUGAAGUUGAAUAAUGAACUGGCUGCCUUCCUCGGAGGCCUCUUCUUAUGGGUUAUAGACCAUUGGUCAAGCGGCAUUCGUUUUGAACUUCGAGAUAUCCAACAGCUACCUAGUUCCUCGACCCAUUCCCACAAUCCACCACCGACAUCCUACAUUUACCUCAAGUCCGUUCCCUUACCAUUUCGCACAAUAUUCCACCAAUACUUUCAACUUGGCCACCGCAUCCGCAAGCACUACCUCUCUCCGCGCGUUCUUCUCUGUUUCCUCACUGGCAAAUUCGUACCUCCUAUUCAUCGCAAGAACCUCUAUAGUCUUCAAUACAGCAUGUUACCCGCUCGUAGAGCAGGAAUCCUGGAGAUGUGGCAUGCCUUGACGGCGACGGCAGUGCCGGCGAAGAAUGUGCCGUAUUUUCCGUUGAAGAAUUGGAAGAUAGAUGGAAAUGGAAGGAGGCAUUAUGCACAUUGA